AUUCAUCUUGGCCAACGCUCGCACGUGUCCACGUGACAAGGUUCACUUCGUCUUCUUCGGUUUUCUCCAUCACUCCAUGCCCUAAGGCCUGAGCUUUUUGUGUCCAUCUGAUUCUUCUUCUUUCUCGUUUCGACUUAAACUGACGUUAUCCCAGCUGACUUGCAGAGGACAAUAUGGCUUCGUUGUUCAAGGAUCUAUCCAAGCUUUCAGCUUAUCGAGAUAGAAAAUUUCCAGGAACACAAGAGGAAUUUGAGCAAGCGCUUCUGUCUUCAACAACUGUUUAUGUGGGAAAUAUGUCGUUUUACACAACAGAAGAGCAAGUUUAUGAACUUUUUUCUCGUGCCGGAGAAAUUAAGAAAAUUAUCAUGGGAUUGGACAAAAACACGAAAACUCCCUGUGGCUUUUGUUUUGUUUUAUACUAUUCUCGAGAAGAUACUGAAGAUGCUGUCAAAUACAUAAGUGGGACAAUACUUGAUGAUCGUCCUAUUCGUGUAGAUUUUGACUGGGGAUUCCAGGAUGGAAGACAAUGGGGUCGUGGUCGUAGUGGUGGUCAAGUUCGUGAUGAAUAUCGGACUGAUUAUGAUCCUGGUAGAGGUGGCUAUGGAAAGUUAGUUCAGAAAGAGUUGGAAGCACAAAGGCAGCUUGUUGAUUAUGGUGCUGGUUCUUUGGGCUCUUUUCCACCAGUUUUGCAACCAUCCUAUGGCAGACAUGGUGGUUCUCAUCGGUGUGGCAGAGAUUACCAUAAGAAGAGACACAGAGAUGAUGAUCGCCAUGCCUACGAAUCCUCAAAAAGAUCAUCAGAUCAUGAAUCUCGGAGGAACUCUGAUCAUGACUCUAGACCGGAAAAAAAUCCACGAUUUCGUGAGAGUGGUGAUUCUGAUGAUGACGAGGAAGAUGAUCGAAAAAGAAAAUCUUAGCAUUGGCAUUUAGUUUGUAUUGAAAAUACUUCUAUCAACAUGCAUUCUGGAUAGCCAAAAAGAAUCAGAAAACACGAAUCAUCUAAAACGCUAACAGAUUGUGGCCUGUAGUUUCAUUGCAAAUUGGAAAGAAUCACAUUUUAUAUUACAAACUUGUUCUGAAA